AAACCUUGGAAAGCUCCAUUUGACACAUAAUGUGAUCAAUAAGAUAGUUAUAGUUAAUUAUAAAAAAAGAUUUCUGAAUUCUAUAGGUUGCUGUUUUAUGUUGCAAAAUCACUUUCCUUCAUCUAUCUCAUCACCAACAUUCAAAAGUGAGUAUAAGGAACUAGCUCUUGGAGAACGGGACAAGUCCCAGCAGAUUGGAGGAGGGCGAAUGUGGUCCCUAUCUUCAAGAAGGGAAAAAAGAACAACCCAAACAAUUACUGUCCAAUCAGCCUCACGUUGAUACCAGGCAAGAUUCUGGAAAAGAUCAUUAAGGAAGUGGUCUGUGAACACUUAGAAACAAAUGCGAUCAUCACUAAUAGUCAACACGGAUUUACCAAAAACAAGUCAUGUCAGACUAAUCUGAUCUCUUUUUUUUGAUAGAGUUACAAACACCGUGGAUGUAGCAUACCUGGACUUCAGUAAGGCCUUCGACAAAGUCCCCCACAACCUUCUGGUAAACAAACUAGUAAAAUGUGAGCUAGAUAAAACUAGUUAGGUGGAUCUGUAAUUGGCUAAGCGAACGAAUCCAAAGGGUGCUCACCAAUGCGUUGUCUUCAUCUUGGAAAGAAGUGACGCGUGGAAUGCCAUAAGCAGGGUUCCGUCCUGGGCCCGGUUCUGUUCAACAUCUUUAUUAACGACUUAGACGAAGGGUUAGACGGCACGAUCAUCAAGUUGGCAGAUGACACCGAACUGAGAGGGAUAGCUAACACUCCAGAAGAAAGGAGCAGAAUUCAAAACAAUCUUAACGGACUAGAGGGAUGGGCCGAAACUAACAAAAUGAAGUUCAACAGGGACAAAUGCAAGAUACUUCACUUCGGCAGAAAAAAUUGAAUGCAAAGAUACAGAAUGGGGGAUGCUUGGCUCAACAGCAGUACGUGUGAAAAAGACCUUAGAGUCCUUAUGGACAACAAGUUAGACAUUAACCAACAACAUGAUGCAGCAGCUAAAAAAGCCAAUGGGAUUUUGGCCUGCAUCAAUAGGAGUAUAGCGUCUAGAUCCAGGGAAGUCAUGCUACCUGUCUAUUCUGCCUUGGUCAGACCACACCUGGAAUAAUGUGUACAAUUCUGGGCACCGCAGUUGAAGGGAGAUGUUGACAAGUUGGAAAGUGUCCAGAGGAGGGUGACUAAAAUGAUCAAGGGUCUGGAGAACAAGCCCUAUGAGGAGCGGCUUAAAGAACUGGGCAUGUUUAGCCUGCAGAAGAGAAGGCUAAGAGGAAACAUGAUAGCCAUGUACAAAUAUGUGAGGGGAAGUCAUAGGGAGGAGAGAGCAAGCUUGUUUUCUGCUGCCCUGGAGACUAGGACACGGAACAUUGGCUUCAAACUACAGGAAAGGAGAUUCCACCUGAACAUCAGGAAGAACUUCCUUACUGUGAGAGCUGUUCAGCAGUGGAACUCUCUCCCCCGGACUGUGGUGGAGGCUCCUUCUUUGGAGGCUUUUAAGCAGAGGCUGGAUGGCCAUCUGUUGGAGGUGCUUUGAAUGCGAUUUCCUGCUUCUUGGCGGGGGUUGGACUGGAUGGCCCAUGAGGUCUCUUCCAACUCUAUUAUUCUAUGAUUCUAUGAGAUAUGGUGCUUGCAGUAGUUUGAUUUCAUGAUCUCCCUCUGAUAUCAAAACCUGUCAAUGCUCAGGUUCCAUUAUAUACAAUCAUAUAGUAAAAUGGUCUCCAUUGGAUCUAUUUGGCCACAGUCAAAGGAAAUCCCUUUUGCUAUAUCUUCCCAAGAAAAACUAUAAUGGAUUUGCCCUAGGAUCACAGUACGUCAAAAACUACAAGAAGGCACACUCAACAAACUACUUUGAUGUGAAGCUAAUGCUACAAAAAUCGUUUCCAUUUUUGUGCAUGUCCUUCUUACUUUGUAAAAUGUCUUCCAUAUGGUGCAGAUGUUUGCAAUGCUGGCUUACAUCUCAGUUGAGGUAAUUAAAGGUGGUUGACCGAUGCCAUUUUUAGCACUUCCUUUUGCAUUUAUCAUCCAGAUAUCGCCACUGUAUACAUAGGGAAAACUUGGUAACAUUUCCUAAUCAAAAAAUUGAGAGAUACUUGAGGUGGAGUACAUCUAGAAAUUUGUUAUCUGAACUCAGUACACAAACAUAAAUUAUGGUAUAAAAUGAAUUCAAUUUUGACUGUGUGUUACUUUUCUUGAUUUAAAUCCUUUCUUUCCAAGACUCGCAAGUCACCAUGGAACAGAAGGGGGUCUGGUUACUGUCCCUUAUUUUAAUUUUAGGACUCAGCACACUGAUUGAAGGGGCCAAAGCUCCACAAAUGGGAAGAUUUUUGUUUUCAACAGCUGAGUGCCGAUGCAAGAAGGUAGAUCCAAAAACAAGAUUGAACUGUGGACCCCCUGGAAUCACCCCCCAGCAAUGCACAGAGAACGGGUGCUGCUUUGAUUCAUCCGUUCCAGGAGUGCCCUGGUGUUAUGCUGCAGCCCCACCAACAUGUAAUGUAUAUAAGGAAGUAUGUCCUACAGAAGUGAAAGUCAGGAAGAACUGUGGAUACCCUGGGAUCCCUGCUGAUAUAUGUGAGAGCAGAGGAUGCUGCUUUGAGUCCAGACCCCCUGCUGUUCCAUGGUGUUUCUAUAAAGUCCUUGUAGCAGAAGGUAACAAAAAAAAACCAUUAUCCCUACUUUUACUGGAAAUGUAACAUGUUUGAAAUGACGUGAAUGAUACUUUCUAUUUAGUGCAGUUGAGAAAGCAGCUGAUGGCAAAUGUCAUUUAAACCAAAUUCUAGAUGACUUUCUUCUAUUCUCUUCUAUUGCCUUGUUUGGGAAUGUCAGGGGUGUCAGGUCAGGAUUAUUCUAGGCUCUGGGAUGUCAGGUUCAAAUCUGAAACAUAGGGGAAACCUUUAUGAUGCCCUGGUAAUGCUACAAGGGUCA